CAACUUUUCAUAUUUAAUGUCUCCGUAUGAAUAGGGGUAGCUCGGAGACUUUCCGGGGACACUCCGUCAGGUUAUAUGUACCCGACGCGAUCCACCAUUCUACUUAUUUUGUAUAAAAUCAUUACGUACCUGCCACCAAAGAUGCUACGAAUAUCAUCAUUGUGUAAAAGCCGAGUUUAUAACUUAUUAGGCCGCAAAUCUAACCACUCAUUCCCUCGUUCAAGACUAGUAUCCGCCGCUAAAAUGGCCGCCAAAAUUUCCAUCAAAUCGCAUUUUCAGCAGAAUGCAUCAGCGUAUGAAAGGAAUGCGGGAGCUACUGCUACACGUUUAGCAGCUGCAGUCCUGUCAUGCUUGCCGUUAUCAAGCUAUACUUCAUCAAGCCACAUUUUAGACUCCGCGGCUGGGCCAGGGAUCGUGACUAAACUCUUGCUAUCUCCUUCACCCGACAUCUCUGUCCCUGGGCUACCAAUUUCCCCUCCACCGCGGGUUACUGGCAUCGACUUGGCGCCUGCUAUGAUCGAAUCAUUUAUGGUGAAUAAAGCCGGACUUGACUGGACAACUGCUGAAGCAUAUGUUCAAGACUCGCAAGACCUUUCUCGAUUCAUGGAUGGCGAAUUCGACGCCGUCAUUAUGAAUUUGGGAAUUUUUGCUCUCAAAGAUCCAGUUGCAGGUGCUGCCGAGAUGUAUCGCGUGCUGAAGCCUGGUGGAUAUGCCGUUGUUACGACGUGGAAGGUUCGGAGGGCCGCAGAUCUACUUCAAGGGGUUGUUGAUGCUAUCAAACCUGAAACAACUUUCAAACCCAUGUAUAUGGAGCCUGAAUGGACCACGAAGAAGAAGGUUUUCAACAUCAUGGAAGCUGGAGGCUUUCCCAACGAGCAUAUCAAAAUGUCUGAGGCUAAUCCAAAUUGGGUAUUUGAAUCUGAAGAAGUGAUCGUAGAGACAUUAAGCUCACCUAUGUGGACAGCCAAGAUUUGGGAAGAAUGGAACUCUGAGGAAAGAGGUCGUUGGGAUCAGGAGAUACGGAGACAAUUAACCGAUGAGGAAAAGAAGACGGGUGUUAUAGAGAUGUCUGCUUGGAUUUGCGUUGCUCAAAAACCCAAUUAGAUAUAUAAAUUGUAAUCUAGUUGUUCGGAUUUAGAAAUCUUAGGCUUUGUCCUGGACACUUGGCGAUGACCCCUGGUUGUGGGUCACGGAGUGGUAGGGAACUUCGCCAAUGCGUGCCAGCCUUCCUAUAAAUAUAAGACCCACGCCGAGACAAUCGUUCAAAAGAAACGGAAGCGAAAAC